GUACAUAUGUCACCUACACUUCCUCUAUCUCGCUCUCAGUAUCUCCUCACAACAGACGUGUUCUUACUAUAAGUGUUUAACUCUGGUCUUGUUUCUGUUAAGUUCCUCUGUUCAGAUAUUCUCUUCAAAGGACGCUGACAUGGACAAGCAGGGUGGAAAAGCUUUUGGUCUUUUGAAAUCCAAACAAGAAGAUAAACUGAAUGCAGUUAAUGAGUCAUUUCUUAGUGAUUCCAAAUAUGCAGAUGUGGAAGAUCUAAACUCAAAACUGGAAUCCUUUAAAAAUAAGUAUAUGGAGUUCGAUCUAACCGAUGAAGGAGACAUAGAUAUGAUGGGGCUGAAGCGCAUGCUGGAGAAGCUGGGAGUAGCGAAAACUCACCUGGAGCUGAAGAAGAUGAUCUCAGAGGUGGUGGGCGGAGCCUCGCGAGACACUAUCUGCUACACAGACUUUCUGAUGAUGAUGCUGGGCAAGAGGAACGCCAUUCUCAGGCUGAUCUUAAUGUUUGAGGACAAAGCCAAGGAACAGGAGUGUAAGGAAACUGGACCACCUCCACGGAAGACCUUCUCCGACCUUCCGUAACGUCGACCACGAUUGCACUAGAACCACCUACCCAACUUAAAACAGACUAAUAACAAAACGAAAAAUGUUUUAAUCUCAUCUUAACUUGUGUGUAUUCUCCAUAAAUACAAAUGCAGAGAAAGGAUGUGAAAGACGAUGUUUUCACAGACAUUCACAAAUACUUGUAAAAUGUAUAUCACCAUAACAAGGUUUGGUUUCCUACAGUCAAACAAAAUACAACUGUCCGGCCUCACAUUUAAUAAAUUCUUCUGUCAGCAA